GAAAUGACGUAUGGAGACACGUUUUGGCGAGCUCAUAAAGGAUGGACUGUCCUCUCCCUGUUGCACUGAAGGAGAGACAAGACAACGGGAGCGGAAAGAGCGAGCGGGGCCAGAGAAGACCAGAGGAUAGAGAUACCGGUCUCGAUUUGGGGGAGGAAGAUAACUUGAGAGUGACAUCAUAUCUACCGGAGGCACAAAGUGGAGGAUAAAACAGGAGCACCCUGUGUGUGUGGGGACGGAGCCACUCAGGGGACACACAGAUGUGAGCGACGCGCACGAAAAACGAUUCAGGUGCAGAGAACCCAAACUGGCGGCGCAGUUAUAGGAUGCAGAAGUCACCAGUGGAAGAUGCAAACUUCUUUUCCAAAUAUUUCUUCUGGUGGGCCUCACCGCUGCUGAGGAAGGGCUUUACAAAGAAGUUGGAGCUGUCAGAUGUGUAUAAGGCUCCUUCCUUUGAUCUGGCAGACAACCUCUCUGAAAGACUCGAAAGAGAAUGGGACAGAGAGGUGGUCUCAGCCAAGAACCAGCCCAGGCUGAUGAGAGCGUUGGCCCGCUGCUUCAUUGGCCCGUUCGCCUUCUUUGGUGUCCUCCUCUACCUCGGGGAGGCUUCCAAGACGGUGCAGCCACAGCUUCUGGGUCGCAUCAUCGGCUCCUUCGACCCGUUCCAUGCUCCGGAGCGGAGCCAGGGAUACUUCCUGGCCCUCGGUCUCUGCCUUCUCUUCACUGCCCGCUUCCUCCUGCUGCAACCUGCCAUCUUUGGCCUGCAUCACCUGGGCAUGCAGAUCCGCAUCGCCCUUUUCAGUCUUAUAUACAAGAAGACCCUUAAGCUGUCCAGUCGAGUCUUGGACAAGAUCAGCACUGGUCAGCUGGUCAGUCUGAUGUCCGCCCACCUCAACAAGCUGGAUGAGAGCUUGGGUCUGGCCCACUUUGUAUGGAUCACCCCUCUGCAGUGUAUAUUGUGUGUGGGUCUGAUCUGGGAGCUGAUCGAGGUGAACGGCUUUUGUGCUCUGGCAGCUUUGACUCUGCUAGGCAUCAUCCAGGCUUGGCUCAGCCAGAAGAUGGGACCACACCGGGUGAAGCGUGCAGGGAUGAUCAACCGCCGCCUGGCUCUCACCUCAGAGAUUGUGGAGAACAUCCACUCUGUGAAGGCAUAUGGUUGGGAGGACGUGAUGGAGACCAUCAUCAAGAACAUCAGACAGGACGAGAUGACGCUGACAAGGAAGAUUGGUUCUCUGCGUUAUUUCUACAGCGCCUCGUACUUCUUUUCCGCCAUCUUGGUCAUUGUGUCUGCCAUUGUACCACACGCACUCAGUAAAGGAAUCAUCCUGCGCCGUAUCUUCACCACAGCCUCCUACUGCAUGGUGCUGCGUAUGACACUGACCCGCCAGCUGCCAGGAUCCAUCCAGAUGUGGUAUGACACGCUCGCACUGGUCAAGAAGAUCGAGGAAUUCCUGAUGAAGGAAGAAUACAGAGUGCUGGAAUACAACCUAACCACCACUGAAGUGGAGCUGGUCAACGUGUCUGCAUCUUGGGACGAGGGCAUUGGCGAGCUGUUUGAGAAGAUCAAGCAGGAGAACAAAGCAAAUGGACACCUGAACGGUGAUGCCGGCCUCUUCUUCACUAACCUGUACAUCACACCCGUUCUCAAAAACAUCAGCCUGUACCUGGAGAAGGGAAAAAUGCUGGCGGUGGCUGGAUCUACUGGCUCAGGGAAGAGCUCCCUGCUCAUGAUGAUCCUGGGAGAGUUGGUGCCUUCAGAAGGUAAAAUCAGACACAGCGGCCGCAUCUCCUUCUCACCGCAGACUUCCUGGAUCAUACCGGGGACGAUACGAGACAACAUCUUGUUCGGCCUGACCUAUGACGAGUACCGCUACACCUCCGUCAUCAAGGCCUGCCAGCUGGAGGAGGACUUUGCCUUGCUGCCUGAGAAAGACAAGACGCACCUCAUGGAAGGAGGGGUGACCCUCAGCGGUGGUCAAAGGGCACGUCUUGGCCUGGCCAGGGCUGUGUAUAAAGAUGCAGACCUCUACCUGCUGGAUGCACCUUUCACCCACCUGGACAUCGUGACAGAGAAAGAGAUCUUUGAGAAAUGCGUCUGUAAACUCAUGGCCUCCAAGACACGUAUUGUGGUCACCAGCAAGUUGGAGCAUCUCAAACGAGCAGACAAAAUCCUCCUGCUGCACAACGGAGACUGCUACUUCUACGGCACCUUUUCAGAGCUGCAGGCCAAGCGGCCUGACUUCAGCUCCCUCCUCCUCGGCCUGGAAGCUUAUGACAACAUCAACGCAGAGCGACGCAGCUCCAUCCUCACAGAAACUCUACGCAGGGUAUCCAUUGACGAAACCGCCAUCUUCCGAGGCCCAGACCCAAUUCGCCAGUCGUUCCGCCAGCCACCACCUCCAAUAACCGUCUCCGGAUCCCAAGGCCAUCCUGGAGGUGAUGGCUACCCAGAAAAACGCAAACAGUCCCUCAUCCUCAGUCCCUUGGCAGCUGCUCGCAAAUUCUCCUUCAUCGGGAACUCCCAACAGACUGCAAAUACUACCCAGUCCAUGACAAUAGAGGAAGGGGUUCGUGAACUUUCUGAAAGGAAAUUCUCUGUCGUACCUGAGGAUGAUCAAGUAGAGGAGGUGCUCCCCAGGGGGAAUAUGUACCAUCAUGGGUUGCAGCACCUCAAUGGGCAGCGGCGCCAGUCUGUCCUGGCGUUCAUCACCAACUCUCAGGGCCAGGAGCGCCGAGAGCAGAUACAGUCUUCCUUCAGGAAAAAGCUGUCAAUCACACCACAGUGCGACCUGGCGUCUGAGCUGGACAUUUACGCCCGCCGCCUGUCCAAGGACAGCGUUUAUGAUAUUAGUGAGGAAGUGGAUGAAGAAGACAUGGAGCAAUGCUUUGCAGAUGAACGUGAGAACAUCUUUGAAACUACCUCAUGGAGCACUUAUCUACGCUACAUCACCACCAACAGGAGCUUAGUCUACGUCCUAAUUUUCAUCGUCUUUGUCUUCAUCAUUGAGGUUGCUGGUUCAGUCAUUGGCAUUUUCCUCAUUACAGACACGAUCUGGAGGGACAGCGCCAACCCAUCAUCACCCAAUUACAUCGAUGAGCAGCACCCCAACGCUUCGUCGACCCCCGUCCACCUGGCAGUCAUUGUCACACCGACCAGUGCUUACUACAUUAUCUACAUCUACGUGGCCACAUCGGAGAGUGUGCUGGCUUUGGGAUUCUUCAGGGGUCUCCCACUAGUGCACACAUUACUCACUGUGUCCAAAAGACUGCAUGAACAGAUGCUUAGCGCUGUAAUACGAGCACCCAUGGCUGUGCUCAACACUAUGAAGACAGGCCGCAUCAUGAACCGAUUUACUAAGGACAUGGCCACCAUAGAUGACAUGCUGCCUCUGGUGGUGUUUGACCUCAUACAGCUGACAUUGAUUGUUACGGGGGCCAUCUUCACUGUGUCAAUCAUGCGGCCUUACAUCUUCCUCGCUGCCAUCCCAUUGGCUGUCAUCUUUGUUGUCCUCAGAAAGUAUUUCUUACGAACUGGACAGCAACUCAAGCUCCUGGAGGCUGAAGCUCGCAGCCCCAUCUUCUCCCACCUCAUCAUCUCGCUGAAGGGUUUAUGGACAAUUCGGGCGUUUGGGCGUCAGACCUACUUUGAGACACUGUUCCACAAGGCGCUGAACACUCACACAGCCACCUGGUUCCACUACCUGGCCACACUGCGAUGGUUCCUCUUCCGCUGUGACAUGAUCUUUGUCCUGUUCUUCAGCGCCGCUGCCUUCAUCGCCGUGGGAACCAACCAGGACAAACCAGGAGAGGUUGGCAUCAUCGUGGCCCUGGCCAUGCUCAUCCUGGGGACUUUCCAAUGGGCUGUCAUCACCAGCAUCACUGUAGAUGGACUGAUGCGUUCGGUGGAUCGAGUGUUUAAGUUCAUCGACCUGCCAACAGAGGAGCCGAUGCCAGGGAAAUCCGGUGGUAAAGGAGGCCCCGACCUCGUCAUCGACAACCCUCAUGCCCAAGACUAUUGGCCCAACCGUGGUCAGAUGGACGUCCAGGGCCUCACUGUCAAAUACACAGAGGCUGGACGUGCUGUCCUCAAUGACAUCUCCUUCUCUGUGGAUGGUGGUCAGAGCAUUGGUCUGCUGGGUCGAACAGGUUCAGGGAAGAGCACCCUGCUCUCCGCUCUGCUGCGUCUUGCCUCCACUGAUGGAGAAAUCUCCAUUGAUGGAGUCUCCUGGAGCUCUGUGUCCCUGCACACGUGGAGGAAGGCCUUUGGAGUGGUUCCACAGAGAGUCUUUAUUCUGACCGGCACUUUCCGGAUGAACCUAGACCCACACGGACGUUACAGUGAUGAGGAGCUGUGGAGGGUAGCUGAGGAGGUGGGUUUGAAGUCGGUCAUCGAGCAGUUUCCAGACAAGCUGGACUUUCAGCUGGAGGAUGGAGGCAACGUGUUGAGCAACGGACACAAACAGCUGCUGUGUCUCGCCCGCUCCAUCCAACGUUACAGGUCCUGAGGAAGACGCUGAAGCAGUCGUUCUCUGGCUGCACCGUCAUCCUAUCAGAGCACAGAGUGGAGCCGCUGCUGGAGUGUCAGUCAUUCCUGAUGAUUGAGGGCAGCGCCAUUAAAAGCUACGACUCCAUCCAGAAGCUGCUGAACGAGACAAGUCACCUGAAACAGGCCAUGAGCCCCGCUGACCGGCUCCACCUCUUCCCGACGCUGCACCGCCUCAACUCUAGCAAGAGGGCCCCGCAGCAGACCGCCAAGAUCUCGUCCCUGCCAGAGGAAGCUGAGGACGAAGUCCACGACACUCGCCUCUAACCAGCCAGACACACACACACACGCACCCCUAACUCUAAUGGACAAAAAGGAGGGUUUGACCCAGUGUUUUGAUACUGAGUGUUCAGUAGUUUUACAUUUUUGAGAAGUUAUUCCCUCAAAUUAAAAGUAAGACAGCAUCUCAGUCACUGUGGGACACUAAAACCCUCAACCGGUACCCGGACAAAUUAUUUUAUUCAAGUGUAGGAAAAUUCACUUCACACUGAAUCAUUAGAGACUAAAAUCAAAAAUUAAAUGUGAGAAAAUUUUCAUCAUAUUGACAUCAAACUAAAUUGACUUGUUUAUUCUUGAUUUUUAGUAAACCAACACCAAUAUAUAUAUUUAACCCUCAUAUGCAUACAUGUAACACAUACAGUAAAAACACAGCAAAGAGCCGUCCACUGACAUGCAUUUCACUGUCACACAAUAAUGCUGAUGUAUGGAGUUCAUUUAUUGGCGGGACUAUACACAAUAUAAGUGGUAGAGGAAGUCUUGCACACAAAUUCAGUUCUAGAUGGAUUUAAACAAUGUACAGGGAAGAAUGAGGUCUGAGGUUACAGAAAUAGAUCUUCAAAUUACAAGUGUGCAACACUACAUCUCGAAUGUUGACCAACACAGUACAACAUAGCUGCACAUUUAGAAAAUAUAUUAGUAAAAACAUUUGUAUGUAUUGAAGUUAUUAGGUUGUACAACUGAUGCAAAAAUCUGCAGGUUUCAAAGUUGAAGCGUUUGUUGUGUGUGUCACUAAAUUAGCAUGAAAGAUAAACUCCUCCAUGUAACAUGGACCACCUGGGAGCAGAGGAAGAUGCUAAAAAGAAGUAAACGUGACGUGUAAAUUAAGCACAUAAUAACUGCUGCAAAAUCUAUGCUUCAGUCUGACUGACUGGACACUUUUUUUAACCAUUUGAGUGCCUUUGCAGGUGGAGGUCAGUCAGGAAAGGUUUUUUGUCUGAAAAAGCAGAAAUUGUGUUUAAAAAACAUUUUCAUUGACUUGAAUUACUUUCUGUUCUGACUAGUGAACAACUAGCCUUUCGUUUGUUUUAACUCGGAGUGAACACAGAUCAGCAGCCACUGUAGAAAUCUGACUCGCUCUAUGUAUCUUGCAUGAGGGAGUGAUCAGAUUGGAUCUUCUUUCUCCUGUAAUUACAAAGUGUAACUCAGCCGUGUGAGCAAACAGACAGUAAGGACUUCAAAGCACAACAUUAACCCAUCGUAUGCACAUAAUCCAAUCAGCUUCAGGUAGGUAGCAGGACGUUUUCUUAGUGUUGCUUCUGCUCUGGGGCGCUUCACAAUCCUGCAGGCAGCCAAAUCACACAGACAUCCCAUCGUCUACAUGUUAUGAACUGUAAGGGUUAUUAUCUAGAUCUAUA